AUGCAGCACUCGCAGAGCGAUGUCGCCCUCGGCACCAACGGCAGCUGGGCCGACCUCAAAGUCGCCGAAGGACUCAAGAAACGCUGCAACACGGCGCAGAACCUCCAGUUCUAUGUUGAAGAGCAGAAGCGCCUGUACCACGAGCUGCCGUUCUCGGUCCUCCCGGGCAUGCGCCGCCAGUCGUUCCAGCGCGAACGCAGCUCUUCCAACCUCAAGACGCGCAGCUCCUGGGGCUCCUUCACGAACCUCGUGGCCAGGGGCGAAGACCAGCCGCUGCUCGGCGGCGACGACGAGUUCCCCGAGCCGGGCUACACCUUCCCCUUGCUCCUGAGCUGCGGCGUUGCACUCAUGAGCGCGUUCCAGUUCGGCUACAAUACCGGCGUCACGGGGGGCGUGAAUCCGGAUAUUAUCUUUCCAGGGCACUCGGAUAUGCAGUGGGCCAUCUGUGUCUCGAUCUUUGCCAUUGGCGGGCCCAUUGGCUCGCUCACGGCUGGCCAAGUGAGCGCCGCACUCGGGCGGAAAAAGGCGCUGCUCGUGGAUUCGUUCCUCUUCAUUAUAGCAGGCGCGAUGAUGGCGCUCUCGGUCAACAUUUACGCGCUGAUUCUCGGCCGAUUUCUUGUCGGAUUCGCUUCUGGCACGGUCAGUGUCGUCGUGCCGCUGUAUCUGGGUGAACUCGCGCCGCCGAAUCUACGCGGAGCUCUGGGUACCGGGUAUCAGCUCUUUAUGGUCAUUGGCGUCUUGGUUGCUGGUCUAUUGGCGUUCAGCUUUUCGGGAGAAAGUGAUGGACUUACUCAGCCUGGGUGGCGCUUCUUGUUCGGGUUCACGGCGAUUCCAGGAAUCUUACAGCUCGCUCUGGCCUCCCUCUUGACAGAAAGUCCGCGCUGGCUACUUACCAAGAACCGACCGAAGGAAGCAGCGGACAUUCUGCGUCGCUUGCGUGGAUCGAAUGACGUGUAUGAGGAAAUCGACAGUAUUUGCUCGGCUAGUGACAACGAAUCGGGUGCCAACACGGGCAUCUGGGCCGUGCUCACGGACAAGAGCGUGCGCUUUCCACUCGUGGCAGCUGUUGUGCUGCAAAUAUCGCAGCAGUUUAGCGGCAUCAAUGCCGUCAUGUUUUACGCGAGCUCGUUCUUCAAGAACGUGGGCUUGAAAGACCCUCUAGUCGGAGCUACGCUCGUAUAUACGGUGAACGUCAUCGCCACGGGUGUUGCACUCGUUCUCAUGGACACGGCCGGUCGCCGCCCGUUGCUGAUCUAUUCUGCCACUGGGAUGAUCGUCUCAAGUGUCGUGCUGACGCUAGGCUUGAUGGACGCCCUUCCGUUUGCAAGCAUGGUCAGCGUGGGCGGUGUCAUGUGCUUUGUAUGGUUCUUCGAGAUCGGGUUGGGUCCAAUUCCGUGGUUGAUUGUCGCGGAGAUGUUCCCUGCCAAGCCGCGGCCGACAGCCAUGAGCAUUGCCACGAUGGUGAACUGGUUGUGCAGCUUCCUGGUAGGGCUCUUGUUCCCGACCAUGCAAAGCACCCUAGGCCAGUACACGUUUGUGCCCUUCGGCAUUUCGCUGUGCUUGGCGCUCGCCUUCAUCUUCAAGUACGUGCCAGAGACGAAGGGGAAGACCAUUCAGGAGAUCCAGGAGGAGCUCCAAAUGAAGCAGCAGUCCAUGAAGUGA